AGCCGGCUAAUCGUUUAGCAUACGGUCUCUGCGGUUUAGGCUGCUACUUUUGCUCGUUAUCCGCGGUUACCGUCAGUUUACCGUUUCACCGACGGCAGCUGAAUGGCCGUUGUAGCUGACACACCGAGACACGACUCGACGACGGUCGAUCUGCGUUCGUGCUGAUGUUUGUGACCGUCAGCAUCCGUUAGCAGUGUCACUGCAACCGAAGGGACGUCGACUAGUGUUUGCCUGCUAAAGCUAACACAACAACAACAACAACAACAGUCCUGUCAGCAGCAGCUGAGGCCUCCACAUCUGCUGACGUUUGUUGAAGCGUGAUGGGGAAUCAGCUGGCUGGGAUCGCCCCCUCUCAGAUCUUGUCUGUGGACAGUUACUUCUCAGACAUCCACGACCAUGAGUACGACAAGAGCCUGGGCAGCACUCGCUUCUUCAAGGUGGCCCGGGCCAAACACCGGGAGGGCCUGGUGGUGGUCAAAGUCUUUGCCAUCCAGGACCCAUCAUUGCCUCUGACCAGCUACAAGCAGGAGCUGGAGGAGCUGAAGAUCCGGCUGUACUCCUGCCAGAACUGCCUGCCCUUCCAGAAAACCUCCCUGACAGAGAAAGCCGCCAUCCUGUUCCGCCAGUACGUCCGGGACAAUCUGUACGACCGCAUCAGCACCCGGCCGUUCCUCAACAACGUAGAGAAGCGCUGGCUUGCCUUCCAGAUCCUCAACGCCGUCGAUCAGGCACACAAAGCCGGCGUCCGCCACGGAGACAUCAAGACGGAGAACGUGAUGGUGACCAGCUGGAACUGGGUGCUGCUCACAGACUUCGCCAGCUUUAAGCCAACAUACCUGCCGGAGGACAACCCUGCUGACUUCAACUACUUCUUCGACACGUCCAGACGGAGGACAUGCUACAUCGCACCAGAGAGGUUUGUGGACGGAAGUAUGUUUACCACGGAAAGCGACCAGAAUACACCGCUGGUGGACCUGACCAACAACAACCAGAGGAGCAGAGGGGAGCUCAAGCAGGCCAUGGACAUCUUCUCUGCAGGUUGUGUCAUAGCAGAGCUGUUCACUGAAGGCGUCCCACUCUUCGAUCUGUCCCAGCUGCUGGCGUAUCGCAAAGGACAUUUCCAGACGGAGCUGGUCCUCAUGAAGAUCGAGGACUGGAGCAUCCGAGAGCUGGUGGCUCAGAUGGUGCAGCGGGAGCCUGAGAAGCGUCUGACAGCAGAGGAGUAUCUGAAGCAGCAGAGAGGGAAAGCCUUCCCUGACAUCUUCUACACCUUCCUGCAGCCGUACAUGGCUCAGUUCGCCAAAGAGACCUUCCAGUCCGCGGAUGAGCGAGUGCUCGUCAUCCGCAAAGACCUUGACAACAUCCUGUACAACCUGCGAGGAGGUUCCUCCUCCUCCUCGCCUUCGUCCCCGGAGAGCAGCGAGGGUGUGCUGAGCUCCAGGGAGGAGCAGGGCCUCAUCGUGCUGGUGUCUGUCAUCACGUCCUGCCUGCAGACGCUGCACUCCUGCGAUUCCAAACUGGCUGCUUUGGAGCUCAUCCUCCACCUGGCUCCCCGGCUCAGCGUCGACAUCCUGUUGGACCGCAUCACACCCUAUCUGCUGCACUUCUGUAACGACCCUAUGCCUCGCGUGCGUGCUCAGGCCGUGCGAACUCUGGCCAAAGUGCUGGCUCUAGUGAAGGAGGUGCCGAGGAACGACGUCAACAUCUACCCAGAGUACAUCCUGCCAGGCAUCGCCCACCUCGCCCAGGAUGAUGCCACCAUCGUCAGGCUGGCGUACGCAGAGAACAUAGCCCAUCUGGCAGAGAGCGCUCUGCGUUUCUUGGAGUUGGUUCAGGAAAACAACGUGAACACAGAGCAGGACCUGAGCGGCGAAGACACGGAGGAAACGCUUCACCCCAACGAAAACUACGACUCAGAGCUGCAGGCGCUGCACGAGAUGGUGCAGCAGAAGGUGGUGACGCUGCUCAGCGACUCUGAGAACAUUGUCAAACAGUCGCUGAUGGAGAACGGCAUCACCCGUCUCUGCGUCUUCUUCGGCCGACAGAAAGCCAACGACGUUCUGCUGUCUCACAUGAUCACCUUCCUCAACGACAAGAACGACUGGCACCUCCGGGGAGCCUUCUUCGACAGCAUCGUGGGCGUGGCUGCGUACGUGGGCUGGCAGAGCUCCUCCAUCCUGAAGCCUCUCCUGCAGCAGGGUCUGACUGACACGGAGGAGUUUGUCAUCUAUAAAGCUCUGAACGCUCUGACCUGUAUGUGUCAGCUGGGCCUGCUGCAGAAACCUCACAUCUACGAGUUUGUGGGUGAUAUCGCUCCGUUCCUGUGUCACCCCAACCUGUGGAUCCGUUACGGGGCGGUGGGCUUCAUCACUGUGGUCGCUCAGCACCUCAACGUGGCCGACAUCUACUGCAAACUGAUGCCUCACCUCAACCCUUUCAUCACCCAGCCCAUCAUCCAGAUCGAUAAGGAGCUGGUCCUUCUGAGCGUCCUGAAGGAGCCGGUGAGUCGCUCCAUCUUCGACUACGCCCUGCGCUCCAAAGACAUCGCCAGCCUCUUUCGACAUCUGCUGCUCCGACAGAAGAAGCGUGCUGGGUCUAUCCCAGAAUGCCCCACUCCUGAGGACCCGGCCAUCGCUCAGCUGCUGAAGAAGCUUCUCUCACAGGGGAUGACGGAGGCGGAGGAGGACAAGCUGCUUGCGCUCAAAGACUUCAUGCUGAAAUCCAACAAGGCCAAAGCCAACAUGGGUGAGCAGAGCCACAUGGGAGAGGCCGCUCAGACGGGCGUCAUUGACCUGGCCACGCUCGGCAUCAUGGGCCGCCAAGUGGACCUGGUCAAACCCAAGGCCGAGGCCGAGGAUAAGAGAGCGAGGAAGCACACGAAGCAGGACUCGACCAUGAACGAGGAGUGGAAGAGCAUGUUUGGAUCCCAGGACCCGCCCUCCGCUCAGCCCGCCACGGCUGCGGACGGGUCGGCGGGUCAGGUCAGGAAGAGCGCCGUGGCCCCGGCGGUACCCGUGCUGCAGUCGGUGGUGAGCGGUCCCGCCUACCAGCGCCGCAUCAACACCUGCAAGGCGGAGCUGCAGCAGCUGGUGCAGCAGAAGAGGGAGCAGUGCAGCGCUGAGCGCAUGGCCAAGCAGAUGAUGGAGAGCGCAGAGUGGGAGAGUCGACCUCCGCCGCCCGGGUGGCACCCCAAAGGCCUGCUGGUCGCCCAUCUCCACGAACACAAAGCUGCCGUGAACCGAAUCAGGGUCUCAGAUGAACACUCCAUCUUUGCCACGGCAUCCAACGAUGGUACCGUCAAAGUCUGGGACAGUCAGAAGAUGGAGGGCAAGACCACGACCACCAGAUCAGUGUUGACUUACUCUCGUAUCGGCGGCCACGUGAAGACGUUGACCUUCUGCCAGGGGUCACAUUAUUUAGCUGUAGCCUCAGACAACGGAGCCAUCCAGCUUCUGGCAGUCGAAGCUAACAAACCACCAAAGUCCCCCAAAGUUCAGCCCUUCCAGACCAGGUCUCUGGACCUGCAGGAGGACGGCUGUGCGGUCGACAUCCACCAUUUCAACUCGGGCGCUCAGUCGGUGCUGGCGUACGCCACCGUCAACGGCUCGCUGGUCGGCUGGGACCUUCGCUCCAACUCCAACGCCUGGACGCUGCGUCACGACCUUCGCCUCGGGCUCAUCACCUCCUUCACCGUCGACAUGCACCAGUGCUGGCUCUGCCUAGGCACGAGCAGCGGCACCAUGGCCUGCUGGGAUAUGCGUUUCCAACUCCCCAUUUCAAACCACUCCCACCCUGCUCGAGCACGAAUCAGACGGCUGCUCAUGCAUCCGCUCUACCAAUCAUCUGUCAUCGCAGCUGUCCAGGGGAAUAACGAAGUGUCGAUGUGGGACAUGGAGACCGGAGAUCGUAAAUUCACGCUGUGGGCCAGCUCUGCGCCCCCACUGUCUGAGAUGCAGCCGUCUCCUCACAGUGUUCAUGGGAUCUACUGCAGUCCUGCUGAUGGGAACCCUCUGCUCCUGACGGCCGGCUCAGACAUGAGGAUCAGGUUCUGGGACUUGGCGUAUCUGGAGAGGUCCUACAUCGUAGCGGGAGGAGCCAAUGACUCGCUGCACUGCCCGUCUGUUCUCUACAGCAGGAAGAUCAUCGAAGGAACUGAAGUCGUACAGGAGAUCCACAGUAAACAGAAGAGCGGCGUGGUGGAGGACUCGCCUCGCCGCGGCCCAGAAUCCCUGCCUGUGGGACACCACGACAUCAUCACUGACAUCGCCACCUUUCAGACCACGCAGGGCUUCAUCGUCACCUCGUCCAGAGACGGCAUCGUCAAAGUCUGGAAGUGAAGUUACACGGCAACAGUAAAAAUCCCCACACACCCACACACACCCACACACACACACACACACACCCACAGGAAAACGUGUAGGGUGUGUGUUUAAGUGCUUCUUUGUGUUUUUCAUUCUUUUCUGUUCGCUCACACAAACACGGCGCAGACAUCCUGUGGUUUCUGUGAUGGAGUGAGACGGGAGAAGACGUCACUGACCUGACUCUCUCUGGGGUUGGAUCUGUUUUCCUCUCUUUCACAGACUAAAUGAUUAAUUGAUGAAAAAUAUUCAGCAGAUUCAUCAGUUCCAGUUUUUUUCUCUGGUUAAUCCAAACAUCUGUUCGGCCACUUCUCCCUGUCCACGUCUCAUUGAAUGAAUCAGAUUAAAUUAUAUCAUUGGAAAUUCUUGUUAAUAUAUGGAGUUGCAUCAUGGGAAACGUAGUAUCUGGUGUUUAUGAAGUUUGACCUGUACUGCAGACUAAAAGUCAGGGUGUCAUACUGUGAUCAUUAUUAUUGAAUCUGUCCUUUGUGCUCAGAGUUGAACAACAACAGGAAGUGAUGAUUCUUCACUUCCUGUUGAAGGACGUCAGGAUAAUUGAUAAACUGAGAGAAUGAUUUCUGAUCUGAAGAGCCUGACACCUGCCAGGUGUGUCUGGUUCUGAGUGUCUGAACUGAACCUAAAUGUGCUGAACACCAGCGUCCUGCAUCUGACUCCUCACAACACCAUGGAUUUUAAUUCAAUCAGAACUUUUUCAUUUCAUGUCCCAUAAAAACUAAUUUACUGGCAGAUGAACCAAAAAAAAAAAAACCCACCUGCACUUUCUUUCUGUCGCUUCUUUCAGUCUACAGCAGGAGGUUUUGUACAUACGUUAUUAGAAAUCUGAGUGAUGUAAAGUUUAAUCAGAAACUUGUACAAAUGAAGUUUGUUGCUGCAGAUCAGAACCAUGUGACCUUCAGUUUGUUCAUCUGAUGAAUAAAAUCAAUUCUCCUUA